ACAAUUCCACGGUCAGUCCUUUGAAUCUGGAGGAAUAAAUAAAUAAAAGGUGCUGAAGUAAUUCCAGCGAACUAGACACUAUGAACCUCCCUCAGAUAAUUGCUUGUUUUGUGUUUGUCUGCAGUGAUAUUAGUCCAGUCGCAUCGUGGUCCGUAAACAAUUUUUUGAUGACUGGCCCGAAGGCGUUCCUGACCUAUUCCAGCAGUGUGGCUGCUGGGGCGGAAUCUGGGAUCGACGAAUGUAAGCACCAGUUCGCUUGGGACCGCUGGAAUUGUCCAGAGAGUGCACUGCAACUCUCGACACACAACGGCCUUCGCAGCGCCACGAAAGAAACCUCUUUUGUGCACGCGAUAAGUUCUGCAGGUGUCAUGUACACCCUGACAAGAAACUGCAGUCUGGGGGACUUCGACAACUGUGGAUGCGAUGAAUCGAGAAGCGGUCAGGCUGGUGGUCGGGGGUGGGUUUGGGGAGGAUGCAGUGACAAUGUUGAAUUUGGGGAACGGAUUUCCAAACAGUUUGUCGAUGCCCUGGAGACGGGACAGGAUUCCAGAGCCGCCAUGAACCUCCACAAUAACGAAGCAGGAAGAAGUGCUGUCAGACAGACCAUGAAGCGAACUUGCAAGUGUCACGGAGUGUCGGGGAGCUGCAGCAUCCAGACGUGUUGGCUCCAGUUGGCUGGUUUCCGAGAUAUUGGGAACUUCCUGAAGGUGAAACACGAACAAGCUGUUAAGAUUGAUUUAGAAAAGCGGCGUAUGAAAGGCGGGAACAGUGCGGAUAACCGUGCAGCGAUCGCGGAUGUGUUCAGCGCAGUGCUGCCGACUGAACUUGUCUACUUGGAGGACUCUCCAGAUUACUGCGUCCGUAACGCCUCGCUGGGAUUGCAGGGAACAGAAGGAAGAGAAUGCCUCCAAAGUAGCAAGAACCUCUCCCAGUGGGAGAGGAGGAGCUGCAGACGGUUAUGCGGAGAGUGCGGUCUCAGGCCAGAUGAGAGGAAAACUGAGAUUAUCAGCAGUUGCAACUGCAAAUUCCACUGGUGUUGCACAGUCAAAUGCGAGCAAUGCAAACAAAUCGUGACCAAAUAUUAUUGCUCUCAGCGAGAGAAAAAUAGAUCCUACAACAAUAACAAGCGUAAAAAUCGGGCUCGAAGUUGGUGAACGAGACACAGCUCUCCCUGCCCUGCUGAUCUAGAAGACCUUAGAAUUUGCUGCUCUCAAUAUUCAUUUUACCAACCGAACAGACGCGAUGAACACCAUUGAACGGAUAUAUUCUUCGGGUCUUAACUUUUGUAAUCAGUUUUGCAAAUUAUUGUAAAAUGCCUUUUUUUGGGGGGGCACCAGAUUUUAGAAAAUCUUUGUUUUUAAGAAAAAAUAAUUUCUUAUUGUGAGAAACCUUCAAGGCUGGGAUUAUUUAAUUACAUGCGAGUAAAUUUUGGAAAUAUCUUAUUCUUCUGGCUUAGUUAAUAUAGUUGCAUAUUUGAAUACCUGUGGUUGUGUAUCGAGCAGUUUCUUUCUAUGUAAGUAGAUAGGACUCCUAACGACAACUUGUUUCUGCACGUUUUUAUGCACUUUUUUCUGUAAUGCUUUUGCACUUGUUCAGAAACGUUCGCACUGUAACGGAAAUCGCACAUGGACACUUAGAAAUUGAGGUAACUUCUGAUAAAUUAUGUAUAGUAAAGGACCUUUUCACUUGAAUUCAAUUGAUUUGUUAGUUUGAGCACCCCGGACCACCAAUUGCGACCAAAGAAACUGCUUCGUUUAAAAAUGUUCAAUUCUGUAAUAAAGUUAUAAGGCUUCCCGAUUUAUGAUCCAAUAAAUUUAUUUCAAUC